AUGGAUACCUCUGCUUCUCUGCUCGGAUACGAGAGUUCUCUUUGUCCCUGGAGCUGCCCGAGUUCCGACUCCGAGUUCUACAGCAUGUCGUCGCCGGAAACCAUCUCGCCGGCAUCAUCAUCAAUGGAUCUCGUCUUCUCUCCGUCGCUGUCGAAUGUGCGCUCGGACUCGGGGAAACCGGGCCGGUUCGCCCGCUCGGGCCCCCGCGGCAAGUCCACGGCCGGCUCCUCCCCCGCGGAGUCCGGGAUCAGGCCCGUCAGAACCGGAACCGGAACCAGAACGCGGUGCAAGAACCCCAGCAAGCAGCGUGCGAGCGCCAGCGAGAAGGAGAAGCUGCGCAUGCGCGACCUGACCAAGGCGCUGCACCGCCUGCGCUCCUACCUGCCCGCCUCCGUGGUGCCCGCGGGCCAGACGCUCACCAAGAUCGAGACGCUGCGCCUCACCAUCCGCUACAUCGCCCACCUCUCCGCCCAGCUGGGGGUCAGCGAGGAGGAGGAAAGGCAGCAGGAGAUCCUGGGCUACUUCCAGUGCACGCCCGCCGCCACCAUGGACGUCCAGUGGGGAGCUGGGCAGGACUACAGGGGACACUCUCCGUUCUCCACCCAGCAGUACCCGAGCGGCAUGCCCAGCGCUCACGCCACACAGGGCGCCCGCAUGGACCUGAGCCAGUGUGGGGCGUCCGUGGAGAUGCCUGCCCAGGAAGAGGGCUUCAGCAGUGGGGUUGGGCUGGAGUGCCUGUUCCAGAACUCUCCGUCCAUCCAGACAGCGCAGUCUUGCCAGAUGUACACCAGAGAUUUUGGUUGUCAGCUGGUUCCGCAAGAGUACUGGAGAUGA